UUUUACGUCACUUCCAAAAAACGUGGUGGGAGACGUAAGGAUAAAAUACAUCAGUUUUUUGAGAAAAGUAUCAUACAUCACUUGCCCAGCGUUGCGUGUACGUCACGUCCAUAAUGAUGUGGAAGAAUAUAGCAUUAUUAGCCGUUCUGGCUUCAGUACAUUGCAACCCGGUAAAGGAAAAUGGCGUUGCUGAAAAAUUAGUCAGUGCCGUCUCGGAAUGUAUCGAAAAAGAUACAUCUUUGUGUUUAAAGGAAAAAGCGCUAAAACUAACCGAAAGGCUGGCCUUGACGAAGGACUUCAGCCUUUUCGAAGGUAUGUCGCUGGUGAACACUGGAUCGGCCAGGUCAGCUAGGAGCUACGAGCCUUUGGCCGAGGAGCCCAGGGCUCGGGAGCUGCAGCUAAACGAGAGGAUAGCGAACAAUAUCGGAGACUUCUUGGACGGUCACGUACUGCAGUUGCGUUUGACUGAGCCCGAAGAGUCCAGGGAACUGGAUGAGGAAGGCCGUGGCAAGAAGAAGAAGAUCAAGAAACUCCUCCCUCUACUUCUCCUCUUGAAACUGAAGCUCGCUGCCCUUGUCCCUCUUUUCCUCGGUAUUAUCGCUUUCGCCGCGGUAAAGGCCGUCUUCCUUGGCAAGAUCGCUUUUGCCAUGAACGCCUUCAACCUGGUCAGGAAACUGCUCGCGAAGGGCGGCCACAGCUCAGGGUCUACCAUCAGCGUUUCCCCGCAUCAUCACGAGGAACACCCUGGCUACAAUUACGAGCCAGCCCAAGGUUGGAGUCGGCAAGCUAGCGACGGCGCCUCCUUGGCGUACGCUGGGCAAAUGAAUUGA